GGCCAUCUUCGAAGAAGACGGCGGGCUCUCCGGUCUGGCACUUUCGAAUUCGAUCAUGGACUUGGCGGAGUCUUUGCAGCCAGGUGCCACUCAGGACCUCCUCCGCUCCUUCCGCAUUUGCGGUCGCUGCAAGCGCUGGCAGCGCUUCGGCGAGAAGAGAGAUGGUGGAUACCUGUCCUGCAUGGAUCACAUGGCCCACCCUGACAUCCGUGCUGCUUACUCCAUGGGCAUCGAACACCAUGACCUCUGGUCCGUGCAUGUCCACGAGAACUUUCAGGUGCCUAUCUACCAAUAUGACUGCACUGUCAGCGAGCCUGCAGCAGUUUGUGACCACUGCAAGUUCUUUCAGGCCUGCCUGCAGGGCGAAGACGGCCGCGGAGGCUUCGAGGGCAAGACUGCAUGGACCUUGAAGCAGGCAAUCCGGAAAUCCGGGAAAGAGCAUCUCCCCGACCGAUCUCUCCUAAUGAAGAUAGACAUCGAGGGUGCCGAGUGGCCCACACUCGGCACGGCCAGCACAGAAACACUCAAGAAAUUCCGCCAGUUGCUGAUUGAGUUCCACGACUUGGGGGACGAGGGACGUCACUCUGAGUUCUUGUCCACGAUGCAGAACUUGCAGAAGGCCGGCUUUAAAGUCGUGCACCUGCAUGGCAACGACUUCAGUCGCAAUUACAAGAAAGGUCCCUAUUCGAUCCCUUCCGUCAUCGAGGUCUCCAUGGAUUCCACCGCCGAGGAUAUGUCUACAUGCCUCGCCCACGAAGCGCGCUUGUCGCUUGAUGCCAAGAACAGGAAGAAGAUCCCUCACGGGAAGAAAGAUCUUCCAAAGGCGCACCUUCCCAAACUCUGA